AUGGGAAAUAUUUGUUCAAGCUGUCAAAACAAUAAAAAGAAGAUUAGGUAAAGAAGUUUUAUUAAUAAUUGGGUUAGGCCUCAUUAAUAAGAGCCACAAAGUUUCAAGAAACUCAAGUACAAUACAAUUUAAAAAUAUGAAACGUUCACUUAAUUAUAAUAGAAUCAAUACUUAAAAUGGUUAGGGGUUUAUGGAUAGAAUAACUAGAAGAUUGGAAAUUGGACAGCUGCAUGGAAUGGAGUGAUCUUAGAAAAUGUUGGUGGAUAGUACACUGAGGAUGGAAAAAAAAAAGGUUUAUGGAAAGAAUUAAUACAGAUGUAUGGAAAGUAUAAAUGAAUUAAAUAAAAUUUAAUUAGAAAUGCUUAAGUAUAUAUAAUUGGAGAAUACUGUAAUAAUAUAAAAAUUGGGAAAUGGAUGUAUACCUAUGAUUAAAAUCAGAUGUUUUAUUAUUUAAAUAUUAAUUAGUGGAGGUGGUUCAUAUAAUAAAUAAGGAGCAAAGAAUGGUAAAUGGAUUGACUUAAGCGAUUAUUUUUCGGACGAUUCACAAAUUACAUAUAUUGGCGAUUAUAAAAAUGGUAAAAAAGUUGGUAGAUGGGAUAUUUUAUUUAGAGGGAGUGAUUAAUUUGAAAAAAUGUAAAUAAUAUUAUCUAAUUUAAUAUACUUUUAGUGGUGGAGGAUCAUAUAAUGAAGAUGAGAUUAAAUCUGGUAGAUGGGUUGAGGAGAGUAAAGAGUUUCAAUAAGAAUCUUAAAUAAUUUAUAUUGGCGAAUAUAAAAAUGGCAAGAAGAUUGGUCGAUGGAAUGUUUUAUAUAGAAAAUAAUAUGAGAAUGAAUUUAAAUAGAUGUAAGAUAAUUAAUUUAGUUUAAUUUUUUUUUAGUGGAGGAGGAUCAUAUGACGAAGAAGGGGCUGAGGCCAAAAUAGGUUGUUGGAUGGAGGUGAUAGAUGGAUUUGACAAAUAUUCUUAAUUCAUUUAAUAAGGGGAAUAUAAGAAUGGGAAAAAAGUCGGUUCAUGGGAUAUUUGGUAUAAGAAACCAUAUUCGUAUGAUAAGAAUGAGUGGAUGUAAUAAUAUGUUAUUAAAAGUUCUAAUCUGUCAUAGUGGUGGAGGGUCAUAUAAUGAAAGUGAAGGGAUUAAGUUCGGUAAUUGGGUAGAAGUGUUUUAAGGAUUUAAUUUUUAUUCAUAAAUUACUUAUAAUGGGGAAUAUACUAAUGGUAAGAAGGUUGGCAGAUGGAAUGUGUUGUAUAGAAAAUAAUAUGAGAAUGAAUUUAAUUAGAUGUAAGAUAAUUAAUAUAGUUAAAUGUUUUAGUGGAGGAGGAUCAUAUAACAAUAUAGGAGGCGAGAAUAAAUUUGGUAAUUGGGUUGAAGUAUCUGAUGGAUAUAAUUUUGAUUCUUAAAUAACUUAUAGUGGUGAAUACAUUAAUAAUAAAAAAGUUGGUAGAUGGGAUAUUUUGUUUAGAAGAAGUAAUUAAUUUGAAAAAAUGUAAACAAUAUUAUCUAAUUUAAUAUAAUUUUAGUGGUGGAGGAUCAUAUAAUGAAGAUGAGAUUAAAUCUGGUAGAUGGGUUGAGGAGAAUGAAGGGUUUAAAUAAGAAUCUUAAAUAAUUUAUAUUGGCGAAUAUAAAAAUGGCAAGAAGAUUGGUCGAUGGAAUGUUUUAUAUAGAAAAUAAUAUGAGAAUGAAUUUAAAUAGAUGUAAGAUAAUUAAUUUAGUUUAAUUUUUUUUUAGUGGAGGAGGAUCAUAUGACGAAGAAGGGGCUGAGACCAAAAUAGGUUGUUGGACAGAGCAGAAUGAAAAUUUUAAAUGGGAUUAUUAAGUAAUUCAUACUGGUGAAUAUCAAAAUGGGGGAAAAGUUGGAAAAUGGGAUUUUUUGUAUAGAAAAUAAUAAGAAAAUGAAUUUAAAUAGAUGUAAGAGAAAUAAUUGUUAAUUGUUUUAGUGGUGGGGGAUCGUAUGAUGAAGAAAUAAAGUAGGGUUAAUGGAUUGAACUGUCAGAAGAAUUUUCCCCUUCUUCUUGUAUAAUUUAUAGAGGUGAAUAUAAAUGCGGAAUCAAAGUUGGUACUUGGGCUGAAAUUGAUAUUUAGAAGUAUGAAAUGGGUGGUUGA